CCCGAGCCCCGCGACGUUUCCCCGCCCUGUUCAAAGCCAAGACCCUUUACCGAACUCACCGAUCGGCGCGUCCCUCGCGACAACGCGUAUCCAUCAUGUCUGCUCAAGAUUAUUAUGGCCAGCAGCAAGGCUACGGUUAUAGUAACCAAGGCCAGCAAGGUUACAACCCGCAAGCCCCUUACAGUCAGGGGCAGCCGCCAAACUACCAGCACCAUAUGGACACCCAACCCCUCCUUCGAACCCGCCGUAUUACUCGUCCCCGCCGCCGCAGCAGUACCAGUAUCAAACGCCCCAAUCCCACGGCGGACCCCCGCCAGGGAGCUCGCCGUACUCGCCUCCUCCCCCUCACCAGCAACACCAGCAGGGCGGGUACUAUCCUCCUCAGCAGCAGCAGCAGCAGCCGCAUCAGCAACAGCAGUACCAGCAAGGCGGAUACUACCCUCCUCCGCAACAGCAGCAUCAGCAGCCGCCUGCUGGACAAUACCCUCCUCCCCAUCACCAGCAGCAACCUCCCCACGUCGGGCACUCGGCCGGCGGGGGCGGCUUGGGCACGGCUGCCGGCGUUUUGGGAGGUGCCUUUGCAGGACACAAGAUUCAGGACGCUAUGGGCCACGGCGGAAAGAAGCACAAGAAGGACAAGAAGCACAAGAAGGAUAAGCACCACAAGAGAAAGAAGUCGGGGUCGAGCAGUAGCUCGAGCAGCGACUCGGAUUAGGAGUCGAGAAGGUGCGGUCAGCGAUGGUAUGGCGGGGAGGUUUCUGCUCAAUGUCUCUGCUUUUCCGGAGCACCGAAUGUUGACGACCUAAUGCGGCACCUGAUUUUCAGCCACCUUCCUGUCGUCACCGUGAAGAGGCCGUAUCCAUGGCGCGCGACGAAUAUCUUUCUUUGGGACAGAUUCAUAAAAUAAAACUCGACUCAUUAGUUCGAGGCCUCGGAACUCACGAGGAAGUGCGGACCUUCUUUAAUACCAGCUCGCAAUGAGGCUCCUCAAUACCGAGACCCUCCAGCUCGAGACUUUCGUGUCUCACGAA